AUGACCGUGUCCUACGUCCGAUCUCCUAGCUUUUUCAGUCACAACACUUUCACCGAUCUCAACCAAGCUUCGCCACAGCACUCUCCGCUCGCCUCUUGCGCAUCUCUCGAUCCCACAACAUCUCCUGUCGUUGGCUUCUCGUCUCCACGCUCCGCUUCGCGUGCUUUCGGCACCCCUAGCCCAGCUGCGGGCUCAUCUUCAAGUCCACACAAGCAGCAGCUGCUCGCCUCUUCAGCAUCAGCUCCCAUUCCUCUAGCCCAGCUGGCCGAAGCUAACAGCAUCGUUGUCCCCAACGAUUGCAUGGAAGCUGGCCUCAGCCUGAGACCAAGUCCACUACUACUCAGCCACGACUUUGAGUCUGAGCCACAUACAUCCGACACCGAAGGUCCACGCACCUCAUACGACUCUGAUCCUCUCGAAGACCUCGAAUCGUCCAACUCUCGCUAUCAAUCUCUUCUCACCGGCGACAUCGAUCUCGACCGUUUCGUUUAUCGACGUCCCUACGUCGACCGUGCUUUCUAUCAUUCUAAUCGUCGAAGUCAGCUCAUCUUUGAACAAAAAAUUUAUCAACAACGCUCCAGCGCACAAUCCCAACAGGACGCAGCACAGACGGCUUCGACUUCUACCUCACCAACUCGACAGCUCAAAGCAAGACGUCCAGGUACUGCACCCCAACGAGCUUCUCCAUCCGCACACACACCAGGGUCUGCUCCUGGACGCCUCGACUUUGCAAGCAGAGGCCUCGUGACAACUUCCAGUGGACUUCGAGAGCUCACAACCGGUGCAUCAGCACAACGUGCCUCCAACAGAGCUUCCUGGAUCCGUCGCACUCGCGAGUUUGAGGCUCUGAGCGACUCGCACCAUCACAGUAACACAUCCACCGCUCUAGAACCAGCAGCAUCGAUUGCAGCCUCGAUUGCAGCCUCGCGCCGUCACAGUAGCUUCUUGGCUGGCGACUUUCGAUCCGCCACCUUGAUGCCUGUCCUUGCAAGCAACAGCUUCGAUCCACACUUGUACCGCGCCAACAAACGCCGGAGCGGUAUCUUUGACAAGCCAGCAAAGGCAUCAUCUACAUCCAACCUUUCCACAUCCCCAGUCCUCGUGGCGGCCUCUGCUUUGGCGGGUGCCAAAUCGUCCAAACGCAACUCGAUGCUUUCCACCGACUCUUCAGCGACGUCCUCGUCAAAGGGCGGUCGUCGCUCGAUCGAGAAUGCCGAGUUUGAAGGCGACGAUGCACAUCAGCAAGCACAGAGCUCUGUUUCGUCAGGAUGCGGUCAUGAUGACACUCCAGCAACCAAGUCUGCAACAUGGAAGGCUGAUACCGAUAGGGUUGGUCAAGACAAAGUUGCGGAAGUCUUCACUACUCCAAGAACGAGUGCAGAUCACGAUACGGCUACCGAUUCCAAGCUUGUCGAGUCAGUCAAGGUACCUGUCACCGUCGUCGAUGAGACUUUGCUCACAAAACCACUUCCCGACCCACCGUCACAGGACAAUAGCCUGCUCACCACGCCCACCGAACUGGAAGCACCAUUGGAAGCUAGCACCGACUCUGCUACAGACCCUGAGCUCGUUGCUGCGCCCGCUACUUCAUCCGCGAUUCUUAGCCCAGUCCAGACUGCUGUGCUCCCACCAACGCCCACAGCGCCCGAGUGGACACCAUCAGCAAUCGACCCGGUUUCUCCAACUAGCAGCCCAGUGAAAACCUUCCGGUCUUUGAACACCGACGGAUUUCGUCGCAACUCUCAGGCUUCGCUUGAAGUUCGUUCGCCAGGCAACCCUGCCAGUCCUUUCAGCACGCUUGCUAAUCCCAGUGGCAAAGCAAAUGGUAACAAUCACCUGCUCGCAUCUGCCAGCAGGCGCGACAGCUCUGCUUCCAUCGCCUCUGCCGCCAGUUCGACCUCGACAUAUCGUAUCCGAACAAAGCAUGUGCCUUCUGAUGCUGACGAAUUGUCCCCUCAAGACUCGCCAGCUACGCAGGAUGUUCCGUUGCCAGAGGUCAGCACCUACAGCAACGCUGAGAAGGACGAUGUGUGCACUGUUCGGCACACGCGUACUCCCAGUGGCUCGGACUUUAUGCGAACAGCCCAAGAGGCUGCAUCGGCUCAUAUGCUCGCCAACGACAAGCGUCCUAGCACUGCAGUCUUUUCCACCGCCACCUCAGAUCAGGAAGGGCUUGCUGUCGGAAGGCAGCUUCAUGGCAGCGCAUCGACCCGCGAUUUUUCGACCAACAACACUUUGGGUCUCGGUACUCCACCUUCUACAGCAGAAGGAGCUGCACCGACCACUGCGGAAUCCCGUACGCCUUCGCGAGCGACGAUCAAGAGGCCUACAACAGCGCCUGUCAGUUCUGCAAGCCAGUUCCGCUCAGCGGACGAUGCUGCCAACAAUGCAAUGAUGGAGGUAGAAGGCAUGCAAUUCGUCCUUGGCAAGCAAGAAAGGAAGGGCAAGGCUCCUCAGGAAGCCACUUCGCCUUCGAUCCCCAACGCCGUUCGAUUCAUACAGGAUCAGCGAGUUGGUAGCAACAGUGGCGAAACUGCUAGCCCCAGCAAGCGUGAUUCUCUGUUGGACAAGCGCAAGUCGGCCAGCAUCAAGGACUCGACUCGCUCCGAUGGCGCUAGUGCAAAGACGUCCAGUCUCAACGCAUCAUCAGGACGCAGUGGAGCAGGAGGAGAAGCAGCAGGAAUCAACUCAGCUGGCGGUUGGGGUCUGGAGCAAGAGCUCAAGAUCGUGGAUAGAGUUAGGGAUCCGCAGGGCAGUGCUGAGCCCAAGCCACGACCGGCCUCAAUGGAUAAGAGCAAGAAGUCACAGGAAGCUUCAGCUGCCAAAGCCCAGCUUAAGAACAGCAUGCUCAUGAACAUCAUCAACGAGGACGAGUCGGACGAGGUCAAGGCUGCUGCCCGCGAAGCUGGUAUCCCAGAAGGCUCGUACGCCAUUCACCCUCCCUCGAUGCUGCAGAUCUUUGAAGCAUCACAGUGCCUCGUCUACAACCAGAAGGGCGAGGAAGUCAUCUUUGGCGAUCUGUUCAAGAAGCGACGUACGCUGGUCUGUUUCCUUCGACAUUGGUGGUGUGGUUUCUGCCAACAGUUUGCCAGGUCGAUCCGCAACAUUGACCCAUUGCCGCUAAAGAAAGCCAACCUGGACUUCAUCAUUGUUGGUCAGGGUGACUGGCAUGUGAUCAAGGCGUAUCGAGAGGUGAUGCAGGUGCCCUAUCCAAUGUUUGCUGAUCCCAAGCGAAACAUCUACAGGGCUCUUGGCAUGACGCUUCGAACCAACGAUGCGAGCCCUGUUUGCGCUCGACCCGACUAUGCGAACAUGGGCAUGACCAAGGGUAUCUUGGUUGCUAUCAAGAAGGGUCUGUUCGACAUGCCCAUUCGCAAUCCCGGUGACAUGAAGCUGCUCGGAGGAGAUUUCAUCCUUGGACCUGGUCUGCAAUGCUCAUUCACCCACCGCAUGACUACGGCAGAUGGACAUAUGGAUAUCCCUCGAAUUCUAGCCCAAGCCGGUUGCGAUCUGUCGCUCAGGACGCCUAAACCCAAGAUGACCGUCGAUGAGAAGGAUGCACGAGCAGCCAUGUUGGCGGGUGGAAACCAGAACCGCCCUCGUUCGCUCGGUCGAUCGCGAGGAAAGAAGUCGAACAAGCCCGACCCGGCCAUGUUGGAUCAAAGCCUUGGUAGCGCCAAUGGUCACUCAGCAACUGGCGCAAACGGCACUGGCAGCACAAACUCGCGCUCCAACCGUCUUAGCUUGUGGGGCCGCUUCCCAGGUCGAUUCAGCAUAUCACAGGUCUCGUUGCCUACAUCCGGAUCGGUUGUGGAUCUCAACGCCGACUUUGUACCUUCUCGAAGGCUCAGCGCUGGACCGCGAUCGGCUUCCGCAAUGCGUAAGAUCUCGUACGAUGGACGUGUGCGCGACUCUUUCGAGACACAGCAGACGGAUAUCGAGUUCGAAUCGCGUGCUACUUCGAUUGAUACACGUUGGCGUCCUAGUGAUGUUUCGGCAUCUACAGGGUUGAGCUCACUACACAAAGCCCAGUCAAUGUCGGAGCUUCGGAGGAGGUUCGAGAUGAGCUCGAUGAGCAGCUUGGGUGGGUUCAGGAACAGGAACCGUCAGGAACCUUCGGCUGCAAAGCUGUCGCUCGAGAGUCAUCUGGCUAUGCCAGGUAGUGGUGGCAGGAACGACUUGCGUCACAGUGCCUCGAGCACGUCGCUUUGUGGAGCCAAGGCCAAUGCAAAUGGCAACGACGGGGCAAGUGGUGCUGCUACAGCGACGCAGCAGUCGACGUCUGCUCAGAACGGUUCAAAGCCUUUGUCCGUCUUCCGCAACAAUGUCAUCUCUCGAUCCAACGGUGUCACUUCGCCCGCACCCGCUGGAUUGGACAUCGCUGCUGCUGGUGAAGAGUCGACAGAUGGGGCAAUCAAUGCUACCGCCGGAGACAAGACGAUGGUGGAGGACGACACAAACAAGGUAACGGCACCACCCAAGUCCAUGGCAGAGCUGGCCGCACCAGGGAGCUUCCUGAUGGACCUCGAUGUGUACGACUCGAUCUUUCGCCAGCCUUCACAAAAGAACCCUACCAACGGCAAACAAAACUUCUGCUCAGUCAACGCCGGUCUCUUCCCCAGCGCAUUCAGCGACAGCAGCUUCACCGAAGAAGCAGCUGAUGCAGACAGUGACACUGAUCCUUCGAUGUCAGCAACUCAAUCUCCUGUUCGAUCGCAACGCACCUCUGCCAGCAACAGCUUUUACAGCUUCAAGACGUUCCAUGGCAAGAAGUUCCGUGGCAAGACGUUCCGUGGCAAGACGAACCUCGAGCAUUUGCCUGAAGAGGCUGAUGAGGAGGAAAGUGAUGCUGAUGAUGAGGAAGAGGAGAAUGAUGAGCCAAUUCAGUUUGAAGAUGGUCGAUCUGGGCUCUCCUGA